GGCCCGGAGGAGGUGCUGGUGGCCAACGCGCUGUGGGUGACGGAGCGUGCCAACCCUUUCUUCGUGCUGCAGCGGCGCCGCGGCCACGGCAAGGGCGGUGGCCUCACGGGUCUUCUUGUCGGCACCCUGGAUGUGGUGCUGGACUCUAGUGCCCGUGUGGCCCCUUACCGCAUCCUGCACCAGACCCAGGACUCGCAGGUCUACUGGACAGUGGCUUGUGGUUCUUCCCGCAAAGAGAUCACCAAGCACUGGGAAUGGCUGGAAAAUAACUUACUCCAAACACUGUCCAUCUUUGACAAUGAAGAAGAUAUCACCACCUUUGUCAAGGGCAAGAUACACGGUAUCAUUGCUGAGGAAAACAAAAACUUGCAACCCCAGGGAGAUGAAGACCCCGGGAAGUUCAAGGAGGCUGAACUGAAGAUGCGUAAGCAGUUCGGGAUGCCUGAGGGAGAGAAGCUGGUCAACUACUACUCCUGCAGCUACUGGAAGGGCCGUGUGCCCCGGCAGGGCUGGCUCUACCUCACCGUCAACCACCUGUGCUUCUACUCCUUCCUGCUGGGAAAGGAAGUGAGCCUCGUGGUGCAGUGGGUAGAUGUUACACGGCUGGAGAAGAAUGCCACUCUGCUCUUCCCUGAGAGCAUCCGCGUGGAUACCCGGGACCAAGAACUCUUCUUCUCCAUGUUCCUCAACAUCAGCGAGACUUUCAAGCUCAUGGAGCAGCUGGCCAACCUGGCCAUGCGACAGCUGUUGGAUAGCGAAGGCUUCCUGGAGGAAAAGGCCCUACCCAGACCCAUCCGGCCACACAGGAAUAUCUCAGCUCUGAAGCGAGACCUAGACGCACGUGCCAAGAAUGAGUGCUACCGGGCCACCUUCCGGCUGCCCAGGGAUGAGCGCCUGGAUGGCCACACGGGCUGUACCCUGUGGACGCCCUUCAACAAGCUGCAUAUCCCUGGCCAGAUGUUCAUCUCCAACAACUACAUCUGCUUUGCUAGCAAGGAGGAGGAUGCAUGCCACCUCAUCAUACCCCUGAGGGAGGUGACCAUUGUUGAAAAAGCUGACAGUUCCAGUGUCCUGCCCAGCCCUCUGUCCAUUAGCACCAAGAGUAAAAUGACCUUCCUGUUUGCCAACCUGAAAGACCGAGAUUUCCUGGUUCAGAGGAUCUCAGACUUCCUCCAGAAAACACCCUCCAAGCAGCCAGGCAGCAGCAGUGGUGAAAGGAAAGCCAGUGUUGUGGAUGCAGCCCCCGAGUCUCUCUCAGCUCCUCAGGAGCUAUUGGCGCAGCCUACCAGCCCAUCCUCCACCCUCAGUGGCUGCCAGAGCUUCUGUACACAGAAGGUGCCAACUGCAUCCCAGGGCCUGCUCAAGCUUUUCCAGAGAAACUCAUCCACAGAGGUCCUAGGGGCCAAGGGGGCCAAGGAGAAAAUGAAAGAGGAGUCAUGGAACAUUCACUUCUUUGAGUAUGGGCGUGGCAUGUGCAUGUACCGCACUGCCAGGACCCGGGAGCUUGUCCUAAAGGGCAUCCCCGAGAGCCUGCGGGGGGAGCUAUGGCUCCUCUUCUCUGGGGCCUGGAAUGAGAUGGUGACUCACCCUGGCUACUAUGCUGAGCUGGUGGAGAAGUCCACAGGGAAGUACAGCCUAGCAACAGAGGAGAUUGAGCGAGACCUGCACCGCUCCAUGCCAGAGCAUCCCGCCUUCCAGAACGACCUUGGGAUUGCUGCGCUCCGGCGGGUGCUAACUGCCUAUGCCUUCCGGAACCCCACUAUAGGCUACUGCCAGGCCAUGAACAUUGUGACGUCAGUUCUUCUGCUCUACGGAAGUGAGGAGGAGGCUUUUUGGCUGCUGGUGGCCCUCUGUGAGCGGAUGCUGCCUGAUUACUAUAACACCAGGGUGGUAGGUGCCCUGGUGGACCAAGGCAUCUUUGAGGAACUCACAAGAGACUUCCUGCCACAACUAUCAGAGAAGAUGCAGGACCUGGGGGUGAUCUCCAGCAUCUCACUCUCUUGGUUCCUGACCCUCUUCCUCAGCGUCAUGCCCUUUGAGAGUGCUGUGGUCAUUGUCGACUGCUUCUUCUACGAGGGCAUCAAGGUUGUACUGCAAGUGGCUUUGGCCAUCCUGGAUGCCAACAUGGAGCAGCUACUGGGGUGCAGUGAUGAGGGCGAGGCCAUGACCAUCCUGGGCAGAUACCUGGAUAAUGUGGUCAACAAGCAGAGUGUUUCUCCUCCUAUCCCACAUCUCCAUGCCUUGUUGACCAGUGGUGAUGACCCACCUGCAGAGGUGGACAUCUUUGAGCUCCUGAAAGUGUCAUAUGAGAAAUUCAGCAGCCUGCGGGCCGACGACAUUGAACAAAUGAGAUUUAAACAGAGGCUGAAGGUGAUCCAGUCCUUAGAGGACACAGCCAAGCGGAGUGUGGUCCGAGCUAUACCUGGCGACAUUGGUUUCUCAAUUGAAGAGCUAGAGGAUCUGUACAUGGUGUUUAAGGCCAAGCACCUGACCAGUCAAUACUGGGGGAAAAACCGCACCACUGCCAUCCGUAGGGAUCCUAGUCUACCCUACCUGGAGCAGUACCGGAUUGAUGCCAGCCAGUUUCAGGAGCUCUUUGCCAGCCUAACUCCCUGGGCCUGUGGCUCUCACACACCUGUGCUGGCAGGACGCAUGUUCCGGCUCCUGGAUGAGAACAAGGACUCACUCAUCAACUUCAAGGAGUUCGUGACAGGCAUGAGUGGGAUGUACCAUGGGGACCUGACAGAGAAGCUCAAAGUGCUGUAUAAGCUGCACCUUCCCCCAGCCUUGAGCCCAGAGGAGACUGAGUCAGCCCUGGAGGCCGCCCGCUAUUUCACAGAGGACAGCUCCUCAGAAGCUUCUCCUCUGGCCUCAGAUCUGGAUCUUUUCCUGCCCUUGGAGGUACAAGAAGUACUUCCACAGGAAGAACAAGAGGGAAUUGGCAACGAGGAUGUCCGAGAAAAAAGAGGAGAGGAGAAGGGAACCAGUCCUCAAGACUGUCGGCACUACCUCCGAAUGUGGGCCAAGGAGAAGGAGGCUCAGAAGGAGACCAUCAAGGAUCUUCCCAAGAUGAACCAGGAGCAGUUUAUUGAGCUGUGCAAAACACUUUACAACAUGUUCAGUGAAGAUCCCAUGGAACAAGACUUGUACCAUGCCAUCGCCACUGUGGCCAGCCUCCUCCUCCGCAUUGGUGAGGUCGGUAAGAAGUUUUCAGUCCGAACGGGCAGGAAGCCCAGAGACAGUGCCUGCGGUGGGGACCACAAUGGAGCCCCUGCAGAGGAGGAAUCCCAAGGGCCUGAGCUCCAUCAGGAUCCAGCUCAGGAGCCUCAGCUGCCAGCUGCAGGGGACCCCCAGGCCAAAGCUGGAGGAGACACCCACCUUGGGAAGGUGCCACAGGAGAGUCAGGUGGUGGGCGAAGGGGGCAGUGGUGAGGGGCAGGGCUCGCCCUCCCAGCUUCUGUCUGAUGAUGAAACCAAAGAUGACAUGUCCAUGUCCUCCUACUCGGUGGUCAGUACGGGCUCGCUACAGUGUGAAGACCUCAUGGAUGACACAGUGCUGGUGGGCGGAGAGGUCAGCAGCCACAUGGCCUCUGCCCGCUGUGAGGGCACCGUUGAUGCUGACUGGUGCAUCUCCUUUGAGCAGAUCCUGGCCUCCAUCCUGACAGAGUCUGUGCUGGUGAACUUCUUUGAGAAGAAGGUAGACAUUGGGCUCAAGAUCAAGGACCAAAAGAAGGUGGAAAGGCAGUUUAGCACAUCCAGUGACCAUGAACCAUCUGGAGUUUCCGGCUGA